AUGUCUGACUCCGACAGCGACGAGGAUCAAGAUCGCCCUUUCUCCAUCACUGGCUUCUUGUUUGGAAAUAUUAAUGAAGAUGGCCAACUUGAGGGCGACAGUGUUCUGGACAAUGAGUCCAAAAAGCAUCUGGCCGGUUUGGGCAAUCUGGGUCUGGGCUCCCUCAUCACUGAGAUCACAGCCAAUGAGGAUGAGGAGCAAGAGGAAAACAAAACCCCCACCAAUGUGGAUGCAGAGGGUUGGGUGAAAAGCACUGAAGAUGCAGUUGAUUAUUCUGACAUCAGCGAGGUUGCGGAGGAUGAAACGCGGAAGUACCGACAGGCUAUGGGAUCUUUGCAGCCCUGCAGAAAAACAGACUAUGAUGAAGAUGACUACGAUGCUGAUUGUGAGGAUAUUGACUCAAAGCUCAUGCCUCCUCCGCCACCGCCGAGCCUUUCGAUAGCAGCUAAGAAAGAAGAGCCUUCGUCUCAAAGCGCAAAUGCUGGGGAAGAGGGUGACGGUAUCAUCCUGCCGUCCAUCAUUGCGCCUUCAUCUACCGCCGAGAAGGUCGACUUUAGCAGUUCCUCUGAUUCCGAAUCAGAAACGGACCGACCCGGCCCGGUUUCUGGACCGGGGGGCCCACCGGACAGACUCACCCUCCCGCUUGCUGGCAUCAUGCAGAAAGAUGCUGCCAAAGCUCUACCUGGCGUCACGGAGCUCUUCCCAGAGUUCCGACCUGGAAAGGUUCUGAGAUUCUUGCGUCUAUUUGGCCCGGGAAAGAACAUGCCGUCAGUGUGGAGGAGUGCCCGCAGGAAAAAGAAACGGAAGCACCGGGAUGUUCAGCAGCCUGGCUCACCUUUGCCUGAGGGAGAGCUCGAAGACCAAAGACAAGAUAAGACUUCAGGUUGGGUUUACGAGUAUGCAAACCCUCCACCUCCUGAGCAGUGUCUAUCAGACGAUGAGAUAACCAUGAUGGCGCCAGUGGAAUCCAAGUUUUUGCAAACUUGCGGUGACGGAGACAAAGAGACAGAAUCGCGACCUAAAGUCGCCGAAUGGCGAUACGGGCCGGCCCAACUCUGGUAUGACAUGAUGGGGGUCCCCGAGGACGGGAGCAACUUCACAUACGGAUUGAAGCUGAAGGAAAUCGAGCCCAGUGAGUCUCAGGAGCAGACCGCACUUGAAGAAACAACAAAGACGUCUGAGGAGGGAGAAGAUGACAGGUUGUCUCUGGAGAACGAGCUCUUCUUGAUGGUGACUCAACUGCAAUGGGAGGAUGACAUUAUUUGGAAUGGGGAGGAUGUGAAGCACAAGGGCACUAAAAGUCAGCGUGCCAGUCUUGCAGGGUGGCUACCCUCCAGCAUGACCCGCAAUGCCAAUGCUUAUAAUGCACAACAAGGUUAUGCAGCCAAUCAGGAAGACGAUGCCCCUUGGUUCUCAAUUUUUCCCAUUGACAAUGAAGAGUUAGUGUACGGGCGAUGGGAAGACAACAUUAUCUGGGAUGAUCAGGAGAUGGAUCACUUCCUCACUCCUCCAGUUCUUACACUGGAUCCCAAUGAUGAGAAUAUUAUUCUAGAAAUUCCAGAUGAAAAAGAAGCAUCGACAUCUCAUUCCCCGUCUAAAGAGAAUAAGAAGGAAACCGCAAUCAAAAAGAGUCGCAUCCUGCUCGGGAAGACGGGGGUGAUAAAAGACGAGCCGCAACAGAACAUGUCCCAACCUGAAGUGAAGGACCCCUGGAACCUCUCUAAUGACGAGUUUUACUAUCCAAAGCAGCAAGGUUUGCGAGGCACUUUUGGCGGUAACAUCAUUCAGCAUUCCAUCCCAGCCCUGGAGCUGAGACAGCCUUUCUUCCCGACUCACAUGGGACCAAUGAAGUUGCGGCAGUUCCAUAGAUCCACACUGAAAAAGUACUCUUUUGGACCGUUAGCUCAGCCCGGUCCACAUCCUGUUCAACCACUGCUUAAACAUAUUAAGAAGAAAGCUAAGAUGAGAGAGCAGGAGAGGCAAGCUUCAGGAGGAGGAGACAUGUUCUUCAUGCGCACCCCGCAGGAUUUGACAGGCAAAGAUGGAGAUCUGAUUCUGGCAGAGUACAGUGAAGAAUACCCUCCUCUCAUCAUGCAAGUUGGCAUGGCAACUAAGAUUAAAAACUACUAUAAAAGGAAACCUGGAAAGGAUCCUGGUGCGCCAGAUUGCAAAUAUGGAGAAACUGUUUACUGCCAUACGUCACCAUUUCUGGGUUCUCUACAUCCUGGACAGCUUCUUCAAGCUUUUGAAAACAACCUUUUCCGCGCCCCCAUAUACUUGCACAAGAUGCCAGAGACGGAUUUUUUGGUCAUCCGAACGCGCCACGGCUACUACAUCAGAGAAAUUGUGGACAUCAUGGUGGUCGGUCAGGCCUGCCCUUUAUAUGAAGUUCCUGGGCCCAACUCCAAAAGAGCCAAUACGCACAUUAGAGACUUCCUUCAAGUGUUUAUUUACCGCUUGUUCUGGAAGAGCAAGGAUCGUCCGCGGAGAAUCCGCAUGGAGGAUAUUAAGAAAGCGUUUCCGGUGCAUUCUGAGAGCAGCAUCAGAAAAAGACUCAAGCUCUGUGCUGACUUCAAACGGACAGGGAUGGACUCCAACUGGUGGGUGCUAAAGCCUGAUUUCAGAUUGCCAACAGAGGAAGAAAUCCGAGCUAUGGUGUCUCCAGAGCAAUGUUGCUCUUACUAUAGCAUGCAAGUGGCUGAACAGCGACUGAAGGAUGCUGGAUAUGGCGAAAAAUCAUUCUUUGCCCCAGAGGAGGAGAACGAAGAGGACUUCCAAAUGAAGAUUGAUGAUGAGGUGCGAACAGCUCCCUGGAACACAACGAGAGCCUUCAUCUCUGCCAUGAAGGGGAAAUGCCUGUUGGAGGUUUCAGGUGUGGCCGACCCGACGGGCUGUGGAGAAGGAUUCUCUUACGUCAAAGUGCCGAACAAACCCACUCAACAGAAGGAUGAUAAGGAGCCCCAACCUGCUAAGAAAACAGUGACAGGAACAGAUGCAGAUUUGAGGAGACUUUCACUGAAAAAUGCUAAGCAACUGCUGCGCAAGUUCGGAGUUCCAGAAGAAGAAAUUAAAAAGCUGUCACGCUGGGAGGUGAUUGACGUCGUGAGAACUAUGUCGACGGAGCAAGCGCGUUCAGGAGAGGGCCCCAUGAGCAAGUUUGCCAGAGGCUCGCGUUUCUCCGUAGCGGAGCAUCAGGAGCGCUAUAAGGAGGAAUGUCAAAGGAUCUUUGACCUGCAGAACAAGGUGCUGGAGUCGACGGAAGUGCUCUCCACGGACACGGACAGCAGCUCGGCCGAGGACAGUGACUAUGAGGAAAUGGGAAAAAACAUUGAAAACAUGUUGCAGAACAAGAAGACCAGCUCCCAGUUGUCACGUGAGAGGGAAGAACAAGAGAGGCGGGAGCUGCAGAGGAUGCUGAUGGAGGAGGAAAGCGAUCCCAGCUCGUUGUCCACCAGUUCCCACAAGGAUGACGAUACGUCCUCAGUCACCAGCCUCAACUCGGCAGCCACGGGACGACGACUUAAAAUCUACCGAACCUUCAGGGACGAGGACGGCAAAGAAUAUGUUCGCUGCGAGACCGUGCGCAAGUCUGCCGUCAUUGAUGCCUACACGAGGAUCAGAACGACCAAAGAUGAUGAAUUCAUACGAAAGUUCGCCCUUUUCGACGAGCAGCAUCGAGAAGAGAUGAGGAAGGAGCGUCGACGAAUCCAGGAGCAGCUGAGGAGACUAAAGCGAAAUCAAGAGAAAGACAAGUUCAAGGGACCUCCGGAGAAGAAGUCCAAGAAGAUGAAAGAGAGACCAGACCUCAAGUUAAAGUGCGGCGCGUGCGGUGCCAUCGGGCACAUGAGGACGAACAAGUUCUGCCCGCUUUACUAUCAGACAAACGCACCUCCUUCCAAUCCGGUCGCUAUGACUGAAGAGCAGGAAGAGGAGUUAGAAAAGACGGUCAUCCACAAUGACAACGAAGAAUUGAUUAAAGUGGAAGGCACAAAGAUCGUACUUGGCAAGCAGCUGAUUGAAAGUGCUGACGAGGUGCGCAGAAAGUCUUUAGUGCUCAAAUUCCCCAAGCAGCAGCUCCCUCCGAAGAAGAAGAGACGAGUCGGCAACGCUGUGCAUUGUGACUACUUGAAUAAACCACACAAGGCUAUCCACCGCCGACGCACUGACCCUAUGGUGACGUUGUCCUCCGUGCUCGAGAGCAUCAUUAACGACAUGCGCGACCACCCUAACACGUAUCCCUUCCACACGCCCGUAAAUGCCAAGGUUGUGAAGGACUACUACAAGAUAAUCACGCGGCCCAUGGACCUGCAAACACUGCGGGAGAACGUUCGCAAAAGAAUGUACCCGUCCAGGGAAGAGUUCCGUGAAGCUGUCGAGCUUAUUUACAAGAACAGCGCGACAUACAAUGGAGCAAAACAUCCAAUCACACAAGUUGCGCAGUCAAUGCUGGAUUUGUGUGAUACAAAGCUAAAAGAAAAAGAGGACAGACUGGUCCGACUUGAAAAAGCCAUCAAUCCUUUGCUUGACGACGACGAUCAAGUGGCUUUCUCCUUCAUCCUGGACAACAUUGUGACCCAGAAGAUGAUGGUGGUUCCUGAUUCAUGGCCUUUCCACCAUCCUGUCAACAAAAAGUUUGUGCCUGAUUAUUACAAAGUGAUAGUCGACCCGAUGGACUUGGAGACUAUUCGAAAGAACAUCUCCAAGCACAAGUACCAGAACAGAGAAACCUUCCUCUCAGAUGUUACUCUCAUCCACACAAACAGCAUCAAGUACAACGGUCGUGACAGUCCGUACACCAAGACAGCACUUGAUAUCAUAAGUGUGUGCAGACAGACUUUGGAUGAGUAUGAUGAACAUCUGACCCAGUUGGAGAAAGACAUCUCUACAGCCAAAGAGGCAGCUCUAGAUGCCGCAGACUUUGAAAGUCUGGAAUUGGCUCACGGAUCAUACAUGACACAGUAUGAUGAGCUCGAUAAGGACAUCUCCGCAGGUAAAGGCUCAUUCAUGGACUUGCAGAGGCUCGCCACAUCUUCGCCCUACAUAGCCCAGCCUGCUGAUCUGUUUGAUAGCGGUGCUUCGGGCCUGGCCAGGGCGCCAGCUGGCCUUUUCUCUGACGGACCUCUAGUGGUUGCUUCCGAGAAGAGAGGGGGGCAGGGUCGCCACGGGAGAAGGCUCAGGGAAGAAGAAUCAGAUGUGGAUAUUGAAGGCUUUGAGGAGGAAGAUGACGGCAAACCCAAAACACCUGCUCCUGCAGAGGACGCCGAAGGCGAUCUAGAGGAUGACGAUGACGACGAGGACAUGCUGCUGCCACCUCGCAGACGCAUGCACAACCGCCCAGAGGAUGAAGAUGACCGAAGAUCCAACCCCCUCACCCACGCCAGCGUCUUAUAUCAGGACCUUCUCAUGUCCGACGGAGAGGAUGACGCCAGCGAGGAGGAGGGCGACAAUCCAUUCUCCUCCAUUCAUCUUUCAGAGAGCGGUAGCGACUCUGAGCGAGAAGUUGAUGUGCGACCUCCGCCUCCAAGGAGAGCACAAGAAACGGCGCGCAUGGGCAUGGAACAGGACGAAAGCAUGAUGUCGUACGAAGCAGACGGAGCCGAUGACGGGCCUCACGUGGAAGACAGUAACGUCAGUUACGGCAGCUUUGAGGAGAGCCGCAGUCGGAUGCAGCCCCCAACCAGGGGAAACGUAGAAGACGACGGUAUCAGCGAGGAGGACGAAGACGAAGAGGACAUGCGUAGGAGAGGUCCGGCUCCACAUUCUCAGUAUGACGAAAAGGAUGGCAAAUGGUCAUUCAUGGACUUGGAAAGGCACAACACAACACCUGCACCAUAUGCACAGCAGCCGUGGCAGCUACAAGCAAACCGACAAGAUGGCAACAGCGAGGAGGAAGAGGAAGAUGAAGAGGAAGACGCCCGCAGGAGAGGUCCGGCCGUUCUUUCUCAGGUCCAACUCAGUGAAGAUGAGGAGAGUGAAGAAUUUCGAUCCAUCGGAGGCGACAGUGACAUGGAAUCUGACUAG